AUGGUGGAUGGCAAAACGGAUGGUCCGAAGCAGCUUAUGUCUGAUGUUUUGCGGCGCGCUACGUUGCUGUCACAGGAACAGCAAGCAAGUUGCAAUGAAGCUCCGUUUUGCCAGGCUGACGAAAACCCUAUGGCCGGUGAUGUUAUCCUCGACACUGAGCAUCAGAUGCGAGCUGAGCGUUUUACGCCGCAGGUGUUUUCUCCGACCAAGCCUGCAUCGACAAGCACUGUCCAUAGUCGAAAGCCGUAUGGUGAUACGAUUGUGUCCAAAAUUCGUGGUAGCAUUGGUGACGUGAUUCGCAAAGCAAUCCGGAAAAGCAGUCGAGAUCUGACGCUGCUGCGAUCGCACGGCCAGCGCUUGCUCCCAAAACAGAGCAGACAUAGCUCAUCGACGGCUUCUAUCGGAGCGAUUGAGUCAGUCCAAUACCGUGCAUACGUCGUGAUCCGUCUGAUGCGGUUUUGUGGGACAUUGCCAGAUUUCAUCGCGUACGAAUGUCGUAUGCAUCAAGUGACGAGUAAUCUGGAGAAAACAGCCGCGGAUGAUCUUGUGAAAGACUCAGUACUUUUUGAAGCACACUUUCGUCCGCAAACAGCAGAGCACCUCAAGUUGGCCCCGGGUAAUUUGCUCAAAGUUUUUGAGCCUCUUCACUUCUUUCUCGAGCACGUAGCAGCCGGUUCCAUUCGUAAGCCAAGGUGGUUUCUUGCUAGCACACAAUUGGCGCAAGUAAUUGAUGACGAUCGUCACCAUGCUGAAUGA